CUUCUAUUAAUUAGGUAGUUACUUCGUAUGUAUGUAUGUACAUUGUACAUACAUGUAACUACCUAGUAGUGCUGAACUUCAACUACAUAUGUAAAUUACAUCCCACCAAUUUUCUUUUUUUUGAGUUGCACGUUCGUUCGUCUCGCGACUUCGUCUUUAAAUGUUCUUCUUUGGUCGCUGAAAUAAAUCCGACGAGGAUGGGCCAACUAACUAAUGAUGAAAACCUUCAUCCCGCAGUUCUUCGUCAAGCUCACAGAGCUCUUCGAUCAAAGAAAAGGCAAAGACCGUGGCUCUAUAACCCUGGUCCAGAAGAGAUUAUCCUAUGACCAGCCUCUCUCGGAGCCAACGAGCGACACCACAUUUCCCGACCUAAACCCUCCGAGGCCAAUGCCUGUGCUCAUCAGGGCCACAAAUUCCAAGGGAAAAAAGCGUCGUGAGGACAAGAUUAAGCUGUCAACCGUAGUCGAACCCGAAUCACUUUCUGUCUUUUUCGAAAAGUACGCCGAAGUGUGCAAGUCGGGCAUGACCUCCUUAAAGCCGAGGGAUCGCAGUAAGAGGAAGGGCAAGGCGAAGAAGAAGAAGGGGACUGCGACAGCCUCCGGUCCCUAGUCCCCGUCUCGAGCUUUCUUCACACUCGCUUUUGAUAGGCUUUCUGUCAUUGCCCACAUACAUACAUAGGCUUUCCGGACACUUUUCGCCUGGGUCCUGGCUAUCACAGCUGGAAAGCUUCUUGUACUUUAUCCACA